ACAACGGCCAACGCCAUGUUUCCAUAAAUUGCAAAGCAAGACAAUGCAAUAGAAGCAGUGUUUGGUAAUUUCUAAAAAUAGUUUUUAUUAAUUAUGAUACCUUUCCCCUGACUAUACUGCUAAUAUUAAAGUGAUUACUAUUAGUUGAACACAUUCUUCGAGUUAUGAGAUGAGCCUGAAAACACGAUCUCUAGUUUUUGUGACAUUCCUGGGUAAUUUCGUGGUGGUGGGAUUGCUGGUAGCGGCCUUCACCACGGACAGGUGGGUGGAGGCGGACGCCAGGAGGCACAACAGCACCGAAUCCACGGGACGCGUAAACCUAGGACUUUUCAGUGGUACCAAGGAGCUAAAUGUAGGCUACGGAGCACGUCGCCAUGACAUCUCCGUGCCCCAAUUUAUUGCUUCCGAGCCAGAUCUUAUGAGUUACUGGCUAUGGCUAGGAACUGCGCUCGGAGGUGGUCUUGCCCUAUUCAGCAGUACAGUGGCAGGAAUUGCAGCCAUUCUCAAGUCUGCUUCCCGACGAAAACGCAAGGGUACUGUAGUCCUCCUAUUUGUCGCAAAUGUAGCCUCAGUACUUUCCCACCUGAUUGCCUUUGCCUGCUGGCUUGCCCAGUUCCUCAUUCACCUCCACGAGAAUGUUCUAUCACGCGAAGAUCAGAACAACAUGUGGUACACAGGAGGUUUAGCGCGUCUCGGUCUCAGUUUUCACAUUCUCAUCCUGGGAAUUGCCAUCAUUGUCCUAAACAUAAUUUGUCUCACAAUUGCCGUCUACCUAGAGCGUAGGGAACACCGUGUGACCACAGAACCGCUCUGCGAUGAAAAAACUCAAGGUGUCAUCAUGCUCUAUUGAGGAUGUACUUAUACUGCCCAAAUCAUCUUCAAUAUUAUCCAAACAAAUGGAAUAAGAACGCUCAAUUUACAAAUGUGUAAAUCUUUUGAAUUCUCGAAUAUUUCUUUUUCUAUAUUCUCAUUUACUUUUUUUAUAAUAAAAGUAUUCUAAUGUGUUAGAGUAAAAGAUAAAAAAUGAACAUUUUUGUACUUGAUAGUGUACUAUCAAAAAAAUAUUAUACUGAAUUAGGAAAAAAGACUUGAAAUUUUUGAAAAUGGAA